AUGCCUAAAACCGGGUCCCCGUCUUGCGGCCAGCUGUCUGACAAGGAGGCGCUCGGGCAGAGCUCUGAUGAUGGUCCCUUCGUCCCUACGGUCACUGCCAUCGCCACGGCACCUGAUCUGAAGUGGAUGGUCUUGUCCACUGACAUUUCAUCAGUCGGUCCCUGCAGCGGAGACAAGCAGAAGAAGACGCACACCCCUCAGAAGAAGACGGAACCUGAGCCGGGUCCCGGGUUCUCAGUGGGCCGGAGGAAAGCACAGAAGGAGCAGCUGUCUCCAGAGGAGGAGGAGAGGAAGAGACUCCGGAGAGAGAGAAACAAACUCGCAGCUGCAAAGUGCAGAAACCGCCGACGCCAACUGACCGACAGUCUGCAGGCCGAGACAGACAGUCUGGAGGAGGAGAAAGCUGCUCUGGAGGCUGAGAUCAGCGGUCUGAUGAAGGAGAAAGAGCAGCUGGAGCUUCUGCUCAUGUCCCACAAACCACACUGCAAAAUCCCCACUGAGACGGAGGGAAAGGAGAAAAAAGAGGAAGAAGAGAAAAAGGAAAAGCAGCUUCCUGAUGAGACAACUCAGAAAAAGUCUCCAGUUCUCCACAGCACAUCAGCUUUGAGUUCGUCUGUCAAUCUAGAGAAGAUGGGCACCUCUCCUGUUCCUGUCCACCAGGAGCCCGUGAUCUCAGGAGAUUCGGACGUGCUGCUGUGCUCCAGCGCCGAGUUGGAGCCCUACAUCGACAUCAAGGACGAGCUUGGAACCAAAAUGGAGUACAGUGAGGAUGACAUGGACCUGCUGGUACCUGACAUCGACCUAAGCGCCUCUCUGGGCCUGAGCGAGUGGGAGACACUCUACAUGAGCAUGGGAGGAAGUUUGGAGCCACUGACAUUCGAUUUCGCUCAGGCUGAGGAAUGCGAGGGCGGCAAAACGAAACCUGUAGCUGAAAACUCCACCCUGCUGACAUUAUGA